CUUUUAUUUCUCUUUAUACUAAACUUUGCCAGGUCGAGGUUAAUUUGUACUUUUGCGUUUACCAUUUAAUGUUCUUUCUUUCUUCCUCAAUAGUUAGUUUAUGGCAGAUCGUUCAUCAUGAAGGAACAGUGGAGCAUCAGUAAUGAGAAGCUUAUAAGUGUGGAGGAGGGACAUGGAAGUUCAAUUCCCGACAAGAAAAGUUUUACAUAUUUGAAACCCGUGAGCACACACCACAUGUGUGAACAAAUAAUACAAUGCGUGAAACUAAUCCUGUACUUGGAACUGCUACUGUUUGUCGGAUGGGCUUCUUACACAAUAUGGCAAAGUUAUCAUAUUGAUUCGAUGGAAGCCAAGGUUAUAGACAACAUUCGAGAAGAAGAAUCAAAAAAUUUAUUCGGCCAACAAUCGAUGUUUGACAAAAGUACUGUUGCACCCGAAGAAUCGCAUACAUCGGAAGAUAAAGUGGUAUUGACGAACCCAAUAGGACAUGUAGGAGAACAGCCCUUGAAUGAAGAACACGACAUUAUACCGAUAGCAAAACCCGAUCGAGACUUUCCAACAAAAGACAGUGAAUCGUCGUCUGUAUUGAAAGUUGAUAGUGCAAAAGACGUUGAAAUUAAUGAAUCAGACAAAGAUACUACUGUAUAUAAUUAUUCCGAAAUACAAGAUCACAGUAUAACCGAGGAACCGAAACAAGUAGAAAAUGGGAAAGAAGCAAAUUCGGAAUAUUAUGCGCUUCUUUCGUUACUACUACAAAAUGCUAUGAAGACAGAACCUAUGAAAGAUCACACCACCGAUAGCAGCAUCAACUUGCAAGAUGAUUCAGUAUUAAGUGGAUCGAUCUAUACACCUAUAGAUGGGUUUGAAAAUCUGGAAAUUCAGGAAGAUCAAGAGAAGGAAAAUCAGGAAAAUUGGGAGUACCUGGGAAAUCAGGAAAAUUGGUAUCAGGAAAAUAUGGGAAGUCAAGUAUAUCAGGAAAGCCAGGAAAAUUUGGAAAAUCUAAAUACCCAGGGGAACUUGGAAAAUCAGGAAAAUUGGGAGACUGGAGAUGAUGACGAGAUUCUGGAAAGUGAGGUAAAUCGGGAAAACCAAGAUUAUCAGGACAUUCAAAAAAAUGUGGGUAUUGUGAACAAUUAUGCAAGUCAGGAAAAUCUGUAUGCUCUGGGAAAUCAAGAAAACCAGCAAAGUGCUUCAGGAAUUCAAGAAAGUCCGGAAAUUCUGGAAAAUGUCGAAACACCGAUAUUAAUUGUGGAUGAUGAUUAUUUUAAAAAAAAUUGGAAAAUGCUUUCUAUGCUCCGGACAUCAAAAGAUUCACACUUCACUGAUAAAUAUGAUGAUCAUUUUGAAAGAACUGGUGAUAUGCUUCGAAUAGAUUACGACGAUGGACUGGACGAUUUCGAUUACAGACAUGUACCUUAUUUAAAAUUGGAACCAUCUUCAAAUUUAGAGAAAACAGAUGCAGUGCCAUAUAUACCUGAGUAUCCUUACCUGGGUACCUACGACGUAGAACAUAGUUCUGAUCCGUACUUAUUUUUGUAACGAAAUAUUGUACAGGGUAUCCCACUAAUUUUGUCCAUUUGAAAUAUCUUCGUUAUGAGGAAUAGUAUGCGAAAAAAUUUCAUAUAACAAUUGAAAAAUAAUUCUAAUAUAGUAGUAGCAACAAUGUCUUUAUAUGGGGCAGAAUAAAGGAGACCUCGAGAUCAAUUUUCAUUUAUAAGAUAGAUAUUAAAGUAAGUUUUAUAUUUAGGAUUCGUGAUCUUGUUGAAUUUAAACUCAAAAGAAUAAAUAUUUUCUCUAUUAAAAAUGAGAACUAAUUUACUUAUCUCCUCAUGUUAUGUCUUUGUUGGAACGAUUACUACUUUUAUCAGUAAUAUUUUCAUUCAUUAUUUGAAAUAAAGAAGAUAUUUUAGGUGGAUAAUGCUGACGGAGCAUUCUGUAUAAUACAAGAAAAUUUCAACAAAUAAUCUCAUGUAAUUUCUUGUCGUGGUUACAGAAGGAGCAACCCGUAGUUACGAUUUUUAUCGUAAAAGUAUAGCAAUAAUUUGGAAAGAUGUCUUUCGUAUUUCUGUGUAUCAUUUUAUAAUUAAUCUUUUAAUUUAAAUAACUUAUAGUAACUUAUUGAAUAAGUCAAAAGUGAAAUUGUAAAAGAAAAUAUUUUGUGAAUUCUAUUCGCUUAUUUUACUUUAUUUGGUUGUUUCACAUUCUGAGUCAUCUUGUAGAGAAUUAAAGUAAUACUAUUAGUAGAAUUUUACAAGUUAAAAGGUACAAGUUAAUAUGAAUGAGCGAUCCUAGUUGGAUAAGAAAAGAAACGAAAGUUCACAAAUUUCGUGUUAUCUGAUUAAUCUAUUUGGUAAAAAAUUAUAAAAUCGUAAAAGUAAAUUUUAUAAUCUACAGCUUGUAGUUUGUCAAUUUAUUACUAUUGUUAACUGGUAAAUUAUAAUUUUAUUUAUAAAGGAAUUUAUAGAAGCAACUUUAAAGAAAGGCAUGCUUUGAGAAAAUCGUAUUAUACUUUGUCAGAUACGCGAGUGAAAUUGCAAUUGUGAAACAGAAAAUGUUUUGUGAAUCCUAAUCUUUAUUUUAUUUAAAAUAAAUCCUGUAUGUCUUUAUAAUUACAAACAUCAUUCAUAAAUAUUCAAUACAAAAUCAUGGCAUAUUUUGAA